AUGACUGCUCAAGAUCAUGACUGUACCACGGUCACCUAUGUAGAUGACCGAAACACAGUAGUCAAAUCGUUGGAUGCGACCGUCUCCCUGGUCAACAGCUGGCGACGAGAAGCUCCCCGCUUCGGCAUGAAGGAAAACGAAAGCAAGCUCCGCAUCGUCCCAAGGGGUGGCGCCGGCAAGCGUCAACAGUUCAAGCAGCAGCUCGCCGCCAAAUUGGACUGCCCGGAGUCGGUCGUGGUUGAUACCCAUCGCAUCCUAGGUGUCGACUUCGCUGGUGCUGCCGAUCCAGAUAUACCUCUGGUCACGGGCAAUGCUCGCUUGGAUGAAGCGGAUCGUCGUGCGCGAAGAGUUGCUCUCAUUUCUCAAGGCCGUGAGCGAAUGAAGACCUUCCUGGCCACUUCGGUUGCUGCGGUCGCACAAUGGGGAUGGUGGCGGCGCGAACCUCGACAAGAACUUCGCAAGUUUGCCAAAAUCAUGCGAACUGGGCUACGUGAUGCCAGCACUACUUGGUCCAAAUAUCUGCGGAUGAUCUUCCUCGGACACAGGUUGGAUGGCUCCUUCACCACAGGUUUCCAAGCAUGGAGUAUGCUGCGGGGGGCGUACAAAGUUGGCUGUGCAAAAAACUGGGACCUCCGAGGGCGCGCUGGCACUUGGCUCAAUCGAGUAAAUCGCUGGCUCAAAAAGCUAGGUUGGAGAGACGUUGGCCCCUGGCGAUGGCGCCACGCAGAACUUGGAGAUAUUUUCUGGGACAGAGAAAGCCGAGACAAGGACCUCCACGAUCACGCGCUGCGAGAAUCAUGGCGGAAGCAAUGUUUCAGCAAUUUCCUGGCUCAAGACAGAAGAGAUGCUACUGAAGCAGUGGCUCAAGCCGUGCAGUAUGACAGUGACAGGCUCAAAGCGGCGAUCGCAGCUGCAAGUGAGCAUGGACUUCAUGCUGCAGCUGUUCUGGGAGGUGGGGUUGUCAGUGAUGCCCUCUUCACUGUUCAUUGCAAGGAGCCUCUGCCACAUCAAUGUCAGUGGUGUUUCAGUCACGUUGUUCCUGGUUGGGAUCAUCAAUGCUGGCUAUGUCCGUGCGAGGCCUUUUCUGCUACAAGGCCGGCUGUCCCAGAGGAUUUCAUGCAACGCCGCUUUGCGUGGCCACGCCUGAAUAACAAGGAGUACGAUGCUGCUGUGGUGCGACAUGUAGUUCAUGUUCGGCAAGCAUUAUUGAGUGCCAGGUGGGAGCGUCGCCCCCGAGAGAGCGACAUCUCCAUCAACACGUGA